CUUUGCACACCCAUCGCUUCUGAACACCCAUCAGCUUUGAUUAGCCAUAUUUAUUGUUCAGUCUAUCGAUCCGAUUGUGGGAUCCUUUUCGGGCUCUUGCGCUAUUAAAACUUGCAUCCCGACUCACCUUUUGUGACCAGCCGAAAAUGGCUGCCCCCCAAGAGUGAAGGGCCCCCCGCAGUUGUCAUCUUAUAAAUGACAAUCCUGUCUCCUUCCCUUCUGGCCAUUGAUGCUCCUCAGCCAUUUCUUCUUCCUAUAACCUCAGCCUGCCGUCGUCGCCAGUCAUCUCACGACCCUCCCCUCUCCUGGUCUCUCUUUCCAGUAGACCGGUCGCUUGACUCCCUCCCUUGAGCCAUGGCGCGCUGUUCACCACAUCACAACAUUGGCCAUAGCAGCGACAACGACGGAACCGAUAGCAG